AUGCCCAACUGCGACUACUGCGACAAGUUCCUGGUGCGGGGGACGGCGAGUGAACGGAUCUCGCACAACACCGGAUGGAGGCAUACGGAUGUGGUGCGGCAGUACUACCAAGAGUUGCUGGAUGAGGUGCCCAGACUCAAGGCUCUCUCGGCUAGCAUUGCCGUCAAAGCCGUCUUCGAUACUCCACCGCCCAACAUGAGGCACGGGUCUCCGCCCGAGGAGUUUGUGGCGCCCAAGGAUUGGGACUCGCCGCCGCCGCCUAUGGUCCCGCUGCAUGUCUUGGGUCUUGGUGGUCCUCCGGCUCAUGGCCAUCCGCUCCAUCCUCAUCAACCACAUCCGCACAUGGCUCCCCUCAUGCAGCAGCAUCCGCCGCCGCAUCACAUGAUGCAGCACCCGCCGCACCCGGGCAUGCACAUGCCCAUGUCCAUUCCCGGUGGCCAUGCCAUGCCCAUCCAUCCCCAGCAACAGAUCCACCCCGCACACUACCCCCCGCAUAUGGCUGGUCCCCCUCCUGCGGCCGCCUAUCCUGUCCCGAGCCCGUAUCCGGGAGCGCAUCCUGCGCACCAAGCCCACGCCAUGCCGCCGCAGCACCAGCAGCAGUUUCCGCCUCAGGAUCCCGCCGCAGCUGCCGCUGAGCAGGCAAGGGUCCAGGCCCGCAUCCACGCCGCUGCCGCCGCAACAGGCGCCAACCCCCACGACGCCUCCCGCAAGCGGGCACUGGAGCCCGAGCCGGAGAACGCCCCUGCCCUAGGCCAAGACCCCAGCAAGCGCCAGAAGACCCUCGCGUCCUCGUGAUCCUGCCGCACACCGUACACCGUUCAUCGCGCAGCCACGCACAACCACGCGUAACCACGCACAACCACGCUCCUUUAUCGUAUCCGUACGCGCAUGAGCAUCAUCAAUCAACAUCCAACAAACCAAACGUCCCAUG